UUCUGUUGUCGAACCCAUCUACCUUCGUCGUCAUGGCAGCGGUGGCUGAUGGCUACGUCCAAACUGAAGCGCUACCUCCUGUGCUAGUGCUACAUGCUACGGAGGCAGCACCAUCCACGCUACAGUUCCUACCCACAGGAAGCAACGGAUCCCAUGUAGGCCACGACAACAGCAUCAACGGCGGUGGGACUGCAGCCAACUCGGACGCAGAGCAGUCGAGCGACCCUGAACCCGACAAAGAGCAAGACUACGAAAACGACAUGGAUGUAAACGACGAGAACGCGACGCCCGACGACGAUGCCCAGGCCAGCGGCGGUGAUCGCAAGCCGCGUCGCGAACUACCCCCUGCAACCGUCAAGAUCCUCAAAGACUGGAUGCUAUCCACGGAACACAUCAAGCAUCCGUACCCCACGGACGACGACAAGAAGAAGUUGCUCGAGACCACCGGCAUCAACAUGAAGCAGCUCACGAACUGGUUCACAAACGCCCGUAAGCGCAUUUGGAAGCCCAUGAUGCGCCGCGAGCAUUCCCGUCAACUCCAGACGUCGCUUGACAUCGAAGCCUCGUCUGGUACCGCUGCGUUGCCCGUUGCUACCGAUUCCACGGCAUCCUACUCGUACCCGAUUCCUCUCUUCGUUCAUGCACCUAACCAAAUACAUGUCUAGGCAACCACCAUAUGACAACCACCACCACCACCACCACCACCGUGGCUACAACGAGUUUGCAUAUGACCAAGGCCAUCACUCCCCACAUCCCAUGAUGGAGCGGCGGUUGUCGAUGCCGUCAUCCUCUGCCGAGUUUGACCCCCGACACCAUCCACAGGUCCAGCACCAUCACACACCGUCAAUGCGUCGCCACCAGCACCCCCUCGCGUCCAUCUCGACCCCAGGAGGGUACCAUGGCCACCAGGCGUACCCGACCCCAUCGACGGCCCCAAUGUCGCCUUACGCCCUUCCCCGCAUGCUUCCUCCUUCGUCUUCAUUCUUCCCACCUCGAUGCAGCCGCAGCGCGUCCGAGUCUGUGGCCCAUCGCCACGCGCCUCCGUUGUUUGCCAUGCCCACUUCCCGAUCGUCCACCCAACAACAACCCCCCCCGCCGCCUAUUCCCGCUCGACUCGAACGCACCAAAGAUGCGCCGUCCCCACCCCAGAAACGAACCCGCCCGUCGUCGACUGGAGACGCGGAAAACGUCGAUGAUCCAGGCAAGGACACCACCACUAAGCGCCUUCGUCGCAGUGCGCUGUUACCUCCCCAUGUCAUCAAGAUCCUCAAGGACUGGAUGCUAUCGCCAGAGCAUGUCGAGCACCCGUACCCGACAGAUUUGGAGAAGAAGCAGCUGUGCGACGAAACGGGCUUGGAUUUGUGCCAAUUGAACAACUGGUUUGCCAACAACCGCAAGCGAUUGUGGAAGCCCACCAUGGCGAAUCGGUCCAAAGCAUUGUACACGAACGAGAACAUUCGGAAUCUCAUUUACAAGACGGACCACAACUCGGCGGCUUCGUCGUCCCACCCACCUCCUGCAUCGCACCACCCAGCCAACUACCAGACUGCCACGUCAGUCAACAGUGUCACAGGGUUCAAGUCGGAACGAACGUUCCGCGUGAAUGCAAACCUAGCUCGACCCCCCGUGGGAGGACCGGACUCUGUUCCGUCGUCGUUCACGUCGUCGCAGAGGUAUCCGUUCCCACGGGCCCCAGUGUCACAGGUCACGGGCAUGGCCCCUCGAGAAGGGAGGUCGCACACGCUGGACAUGGGGCACUUUCGCCGAAAUCGCAUGAACUUUCAAGAUGUGCUCAAUGCAACCCCAUCGCCUUCAGACUGGAACAACCAUCAUCCAGAUGGAAGCUUUAUGCGACGAGGUAGCGGCGGCGGAGGAACGAUGACGUUGCCGUCCCUGCACACAUCGUCGUCAGCGGCAGCAGCUGGAUUUCAUGGAGUAAAUAACUAGACAUAUAUUGUGCUUUCGAGUGAAAUUUCAUUGUGUUGUGGCGUAUGAAUUUAAAUCGAUUUGAUUGGCUACCUCAGAUGAGCUCAACAUUAUUAGCCAAUCAAAACCUUCUCAAUGA